GUGUGUGUGUGUGUGUGUGUGUGUGUGUGUGUGUGUGUGUGUGUGUGUGUGUGUGUGUGUGUGUCACCAUUUCAAUGUGUUCCUCAGGAAUCUCAGUGAGCCGCCUGAGUGACGGGAUCCUCGUUCUGCACGUGCUCUGUGAAGACAACAAGCAGAAGGCGGACCUGGUGCUUCUGUGUGAUCAUGUGAUCGAGGUCGUGACCAAGGUCGCCAUGAUGGCCAACAAGGUCGACCAGGUCAACGUGAGCCAGGGCAGCAUCAGGUUCUCUGCUGCGCGCAGCAAGGAGGGCGUGGUGGACUUCACCAGGGGCGCGGAGCUGAAGGUGGCCAAGGGCAAGCAUGGACACCUACUGGUGACCGCCCGGCAGGUGUGACUCUAAAGAAUGACCGAUUCAAUCAUUCAUUCAUUCAUUGACCAAUGAAGUUUCCCUGUUCUUCUGAGGAGCCGAUCAGAAACUGAAGUCCUUCUCGUUUCCUUUUGUCGCAAAUAUUAUUUUCGUUCUAUAUAUAUUUUUUGGAAUUUUUUAAUAUUAUAACACAGCCACUCACUGACCGCGUCCUAUAAAUUCAUGUUGCCACAUAAUAUAACGGAUGAUUUCAACUACAUCGUGUCUAAUGUUUGAUUAACCAAUCUUUUUGUAAUAAUAAAAAUAUAUCUUAAAUGAAGUAAAACGAUCAAA